UUUUUCUUCUUUGAAAAUAGUUUUUAAAUGUCUGACAAUUUAUAUCAACAUUGCUAUAGAGGAUUUCAACUGAAAACUGCUUUUUAUGAACCACUACUUAAAAGGGUCAAGAUGGAUAAUGCAGAUGAACCUCAGAAAAAAGUCUUUAAGGCACGAAAAACAAUGAGAGUAAGUGAUCGACAACAACUUGAAGCUGUCUAUAAGGUUAAAGAGGAGCUGUUGAAGACAACUGAAGUUAAACUGUUAAAUGGAAAGCAUGAGAAUGGAGAUUCUGAUUUAAAUUCUCCUUUAAGCAAUACAGACUGUAUGGAGGACAAGAGGGAAGUUAAUGGCCUAGUGGACUUGUGUGUUAACUCUGAAGAAGGAAGAAGAGCUUCUGAUGAAAUUAGUGAAGCCAAAAGCCCCGAAAGUAGGGCAGGGAACAUAGUCAAUGACAUAGAACCCAAACCUCUAACACUGUCUCCACAGAGUGUUACUCCUGAGCAAGAUAAAGAUACUGAUACUGCUUUAGCUUGUGAGGCUGAAAAUGGAGUGCUUGGUAGCAAUAAAGAUAACUUCCAUGAAGAAAAUAAUACAAAAGAUCAUUUGGACCAAAGAGAGUGUGACAUCCCUUCAGAAGGUGAAAGUAAAUCAGUCUGUGAUAUUAGUGACUCUUCUGAAGAGAAGGGAGAAACAAAUGACUUAACUAUUAAUUCCGAUUCAUCUGGUGAGGAAAAGAGGACUGAAGAAAUAACUGUUGAAGAUGCUGUUGGAGAAGAAGCCAUCUCUAGCAGUAUGGAAGCUGACCAGGAACCAAAGGACAAACGAGACGGCACUGCAGGUCUUUCAGAAACCACUGUUCAGAAGACAAUAGAUGAGCCAAGUGAAAGUAUCUUGGACAAUACUAACUCUAUGGAAACAGACGAAAUUAUUCCCAUUUUGGAAAAACUAGCCCCUGCUGAAGAUGAACUGAGCUGUUUUUCUAAAAGUUCUCUGCUUCCAGUGGAUGACACAGUCCCAGAUUUAGAAGAGAAAAUAGACAACUCUUUGGGUUCACCAUCCAAGCAGGAAAGCAAUGAAAGUCUGCCAAAAGAGGCUUUCUUAGUACUGUCUGAUGAAGAGGAUCCCUGCGACGAGAAGGAGGAACGUGCUGAAAUGAUACUACCAAACAAGUCAAGUCUUCCAGAAGAGGUGGAGGAGGAGAGAAAGGAGAGUGAGAAGGAUAAAGAAGGAGAAGAGGCCCACAAAGAAGAGGAGAAACACACAGAGAGAAGUGAAGUGUCAAGGAGAAAGCGUUCCAAAUCUGAGGACAUGGACAGUGUUCAUUCUAAACGUCGUCGGUACACAGGAGAAGAUUAUGAAGCAGAACUCCAAGUAAAAAUUACAGCCAGAAAAGAUGUUGACCAAAAAUUACAAAAGGUUAUCCAGAGACUGUUAGAAGAAAAACUUACUGCUUUACAGUGUGCUGUAUUUGACAAGACUCUGGCGGACCUGAAAACCCGAAUAGAGAAAGUAGAAUGUAACAAGAGGCAUAAAACUGUGCUUACUGAACUACAGGCUAAAAUUGCUAGAUUGACAAAGCGGUUUGGAGCAGCCAGGGAGGACUUGAAGAAAAGACAGGAAACUUCGCCAAAUGCGCCUCUGUCUCCAGGGAAAGCAGCAAGUGACACUGCAAACACAAACAAUGCAACAUAUCGAAAUGCUGGCACAGUGAGGCAGAUGCUGGAGUCAAAGAGGAAUGUAGGAGAGAGCACACCAGCAACUUUUCAAGCCCCUGUGAAUGCAGUGCCAGCUUCCAGUCUUGCUGCUCCUCUGACAGUUGUCAGUGGACAUCCUAAGCCUCAGACUCCAGUGACCGCCACCAGCUCUUUGACAACAACAGUUCUUCCCGCAGCUAACACAGCUACGGUUGUAGGCACUAACCAAGUGCCCAGUGGCAGCGCUCAGUCAGUGUCUGUCUCAUUGCAGUCUUUGCCCGUAAUCCUGCAUGUACCUGUUGCAGUGUCAUCCCAGCCUCAGCUCCUGCAAGGCCACACAGGGACUUUGGUCACUAACCAACAGUCAGGCAACGUUGAAUUUAUAUCCGUACAAAGCUCACCUACAGUUGGUAGCCUUAACAAAACUACAGUGUCUUUGGCAUCAACUAACCCAACUAAACCAAAUAACAGCCCAUCUGUGCCCAGUCCUGGUAUUCAAAGGAACUCUCCAGCCAGUGCUGGGUCAAUAGGCACAACCUUGGCAGUACAGGCUGUUUCUACUGCACACCCUGUUGCCCAGGCCACAAGGACUUCUUUGCCCACAGUGGGUACUUCAGGACUUUAUAAUGCUACCAGCAGUCGAGCACCCCUACAGAUGAAGAUUCCCCUCUCUGCAUUUAGUAGUACAGCUCCUAUUGAACCACCCACCAUUACAGCGCCCAGAGUUGAAAACCAGACAAGCAGGCCACCAACAGAUACUUCGGCAAACAAGCGAACUGCUGAGGGAACAACACAGAGCGGGAAGGUCACAAGAAGUGAUUCAGGAGGUGUCAUUGAUCUUACACUGGAUGAAGAGGAUGAUGGCUCUUCUCAAGCAGAUGGCAAGAAGCAGAACCAGACACCUGUUACAGGAUUGAGCAUACCCACCCAGCCCUUGGCUCGCCCCUUGCAGCCUUUGCAGCCAAACCCUGUGCAGCAGACAGGUGUGCCAACAAGUGGACCUUCCCAGACCACCAUACAUGUAUUACCUACAGCUCCGACAACAGUGAAUGUAACUCAUCGGCCAGUGACUCAAACUGCUGCAAAACUUCCUAUACCAAGAACCCCUGCUAACCAUCAGGUGGUCUAUACUACUCUUCCUGCACCACCAGCUCAGAAUCCUGUAAGAGGAGCUGUUAUGCCAAGCCCAGGUUUAAGGCCAGUCAACCCGCAGACUGGAGGUCUGACAGUACGAAUGCCUCAAACAACUGCAUUUGUUGUGAACAACGGACUAACUCUUGGAUCUGGAGCACCUCAGCUUACAGUGCAUCAUCGACCACCACAAGUACAUGCUGAGCCACCACGCCCUGUACAUCCUGCCCCACUCCCGGAGGCACCACAGCCACCACGUCUGCCCCCUGAAGCUGCCAACACUUCUCUGCCUCAAAAGCCACAGCUGAAGCUGGCACGGGUACAGAGCCAGAAUGGUAUUGUGCUGUCGUGGAGUGUCAUGGAGGUGGACCGGAGCUGUGCCACUGUGGACAGUUACCAUCUCUAUGCCUACCACGAGGACCCGAGUGCCACUAUGCCCUCCCAGUGGAAGAAGAUCGGGGAAGUGAAGGCCCUCCCGCUACCUAUGGCAUGCACUCUUACGCAGUUUGUGUCUGGCAGCAAAUACUACUUUGCGGUCCGGGCUAAGGACAUCUAUGGACGUUUUGGACCCUUCUGUGACCCCCAGUCCACAGAUGUGAUCUCUUCCCAGAGCAGUUAAACUAGAGAUCUUUGGAGCCUUUAAACCUGUCCUACUACCAAGAAUUACCCCAGUUUUGGGGGGUUGAUCCCAUGCAUGAAAUUCACUUUUAAAUCCACUCUCUGCAGGAUUAUUUUAGACAGUUGUGUGAUACAUUACAUGCAUUCAGAACCAAAAGAAAAAUAAAGUCUCACCUGCAGCAAGAGCGCCUGUUUUUUCUGGAUAGCUCAAGUCAUGGGCUGUUUGAAAAUUUCAUUUUCCCUUCCAUGACAGCUGUUCCACCUUACCUACUUACCCUUUAUCCAAGGGCACCCUGGAUGCCUGGGAUUCUGCUUCAGAGUGGGAACAAAAUAACAAAUUACAGUUUGUCUGAAGCAAAACAUACACAUCUGCAAUAUCUGUCAAGGCACUAACAUGAGGGCAAGAACCUCUUGCCCCCCACCGCUCUGCGAGCAGGCUGUGAUAUGAAGGGUGAUUCAAGGUCUCACUUUUGUACUGGAAGAUUGAGUGGUCUGGUCUUAUUUUACAAACUGUAACGAGCUCUCUGAGGGGAGGGAGGGGAACUUGAGUCUGGCCAGGGAACCAAUACGUGUGUAAAUUUGGAGAUGGUA